AUGGCUGCUCAGGCAACGUUCAAGUCCAUCAAGGCCGUCGUGCCUCUCCUUGACCGUGUCCUCGUCCAGCGGUUCAAGCAGGACGCGAAAACCGCAUCCGGUAUCUUCCUGCCUACCUCUGCGACCAACCAGCCCCUCCCAGAGGCGACCGUGAUCGCCGUCGGCCCUGGUGCGCCGAAUAAGGACGGUCAGGUCCUACCUACGUCGGUCAGAGCUGGGGACCGUGUUUUGUUGCCCGGUUGGGGUGGCAAUGCGAUCAAGGUCGGCGAGGAGGAGUACUUCCUCUUCAGGGACUCCGAGAUCCUCGCGAAAAUCCAGGAGUGA